UCUCUCUCUCUCUCUCUCUCUCUCUCUAUUUGUAAAUAAUAUGUACACACAUAGCGGUGCACCUCUUUGAGUUGCUUUUAUUUGUUUGUUUGUGGCCUGAGCUGCUAAAGUCAAGUGGCGUUUACACAUUAUGGUUAACAUGCGCAACCAAUUGCCCGACUGGAAAACUACCAUCGCCAAGUCGUCCACCACCACCACCACCACAUAUGACGGUGAAUACUCUCAAGGUUUUCCGUAUGAAAAUUACGGUGUGCUUCCUAUUGAUUCGGUUGUCCUUGACCCUCCAACUGAUAAUUCUCAUUGGAACAAUACUAGUAGCAGCAUUAGUGCAGCUGCGGCAGCUGGAGGAGAUGACCAUAAACAUUUUCAAGAAAUAUUUCAGAAUUUGUCGUAUAUUCAGCUUGAUCCAUUCUUACAAAUGCAGCAGCCCACACCCAAUAUUUUCUCGCACGAUAAAGAGGUUAUGUUGUGUGGGUUAAGCUUGGAAAAAGGAGAAUUCAGUGGAAAGACGACGACGUCCCAUGAGAUGGAAACUAAACCUGUAAUGCUUUCUGGAGAAUUUAAGCAAAGCAAAGACGAACGGCCCAAAAGAAGUCGUGCUACUGAACUGCAUAAUAUGUCUGAGAGGGUGGGCCAACCACCCACUCAGCUUAUCAUGCGUAGGAACAAAAUCCGGGGGAAGCUGAAGGUGCUACAGGAGCUUAUACCCAACUGUAACAAGACAGACCGAGCUUCAAUGCUGGACGAUGCGAUUAAAUAUAUCAAAUCCUUGCAGCUUCAAGUACAAAUGAUGUCCAUGGGUGGAGGAGCUGUGUACCAGACUCCAAAUUUAUCAUUGGCUGGGAUUCAAGGCACGCAAAUGUCCCAAUUUAAGCCGUAUUUGCCCAUGGGACCCGGACUGGGAACGAGCAAUGCGUAUGAAAUUGGGAUGGGAUUGGGAAUGGCAAUGGGAAUGAUUAAUAUGUGUUAUACAACAGGCGUUCCAACAAUGUCAGUUCACUCAGCAACUGCAGGGUUGCCACUGAUGUCUGGACCGGGAGGUCUACCCGUUAAUCCUCAAGUGCAAAUGCAAUUUCCAUUCCUUGCUUCGCAAGUAAUGCCUAGCACAACCGCGGCUACAUCAAAUAUGGUUCAGCCACGAUUUCCUACAAAUUUCUCCCGCAUAUUCAACUAUGCUAACCAAGCUNUUCCUAGCGAAUCCGAGGUCUAG